CAGAAAUAAAAAUAAAAAAUCUACGCUGCUGCUGCUGCUGCUGCUUCUAAUGGCGACGGAUGGUGAUUGUAAUAAAAGUAUUACAGUCAAGUGUAUUUGCAGUGAUAAGAAGGUUGUAGAAGUUGAUCGCAAGACAUGGGAGUUGUUCAAUAAGAUGGUUCCAGAGGAAGGGUUCCAUAGGCUACGUGAGCCGGUGGAGAUGUACUUCGUGAGAAGCACAGCCUUCAAGAAGAUUUUAACAUACUGCGUGAGGAUCAGUGAUGGCACUUGCUCGGAGAGGUGGAUGUCUGACGAGCUCCUACACAGCGAAAGCCUGAUCGGUCUCUUCCACCUUGUCGAGACGGCUGAGUUUCUGAAUUUUGAGUCACUGGACGCUUUUAUACUCAAGUAUGUGGAAGACAAAUCAGAAGCAGAGAUAUCUUUUAUGGUUCGCAAUGAACAACUCCAUUCUCUACUCAAAAUUGUCAAGUCUGCUCGUUUUUACGUGAAAAAUCCCGAGAAGCUGUUCUCUGUGGUGCUCCCCCUUGUAAAGAAAUCACAAGAAGAGUUCUCCCAGAUGAUUGUCAACAAAGAUUUGCGUAGUUUGAUCAAGUUAAUCAAGAUGGCUAAGUACGUUGGUUAUGAGAAUGUGCGCAAAGCUGCACGCGACCAUAUCCUCUCUAAGUCAAGUAACCAACUUUCCCAUGAAAUCCAUAGCCAAAACCUCAAGUCUCUCAUCAAAAUUUUCAAGGUGGCCAAAGCUGAGAAACUUCAGCCACUCGAAGACAUGGUGGUCCAAUAUGUCGACUCGAAAUCAAAAAUGGAACUGGUCCGGAUGGUUAGCACUGAGUUAUGUUGCGAACGGUCCAACUUCUUGAACGAGUCCGAGUAUCUGCGUAGGGGCACUAUUGAAUCAGAAGAACUCUUGCGCUACCCAGGCGCAGAAGAAGCAGAAGAAGCAGAAGAAGCAGAAGAAGCAGAAGAAGAAGCUACCAAUCAAGUUCCCAUCGAUGAAGCUACCAAUCAAAUUCCCAUCGAUGAUGGUAGAAAGAGGAAGGAAGAAUGCAAAAACAGGACUAGGAAGUUGAAGUUGGUACCCUGCAUAAGUAAGAAGCCAAGGACAACAAAGUUGAAAAUGAACAAGGAUCUCUCUGAUAUUUAACUCAUCUGCAUGUUUUUUACUUUUCAAACUUUCAACAACAAUGCCAUCUUUAUAAUGUUUAAUUAUAUAAUGGGUUUGGUGAAACAGGUUAAUUAUAUUGAUUUCAAUAUGCUUUGUACCAAAUGUUCAACUAGUUUCAGCCAAUGGGAAUGAACUCUUUAUUUGAUUUGAUUUUUUUCUUGAGCUAUGUAUGGUUAAUCUCGACAAGAUAAAUGUAUUAAAG